UCAUUACAAGUACAGCAACAACAUUUGAAGAUAAAUAUACGUUACUUGCACAACCAAACUGAACACAACCAACUCACUGCAACAAUAACAAUCAAAGAAAAGAAACCUUCUCAGACACACAACAAAAAUAACAUGGAAAUGGAAUCGAAAGACUAUGCCUUCAGCGGCAAGAUAAUGCUAAUCGCCAUUGUGGUUCUCUUCAUCGUUAUCAUCAUAAUGCUUUGCCUCCACGUCUACGUCCGGCGGCGCCUCGUAAACGCUCGCCGCCGGCCACAGCUCCGCCGCAGUAACCGCCCGCAGUUCGUGUUCUACAUGGACCCCGCCGCCCGCAUUGCCCUCACCAGGCGGGGGCUUCACCCCUCCGUGAUCUCCACGCUCCCGAUGUUCACCUUCUCCGCCACAAACAACCCAACGGAAUGCGCGGUUUGUUUAUCAGAGUUCGAGAACGGGGAAACGGGUCGGGUAUUGCCCAAAUGCAAUCACAGUUUCCAUACUGAGUGCAUCGACAUGUGGUUUCAGUCUCAUGCCACGUGUCCGCUUUGCAGGGAACCCGUAGAGGCUAUACCCGAGCGAGAAACCCGAUCCGAGGUGGCUGUUAUUGUGUGCGACAACGAACCGGUUCGGGAAGAGGUGAACCGGUCUGGACCGGUGGGUGCUUCUUCUUCUCCUUCUGCUGCUUCGUUGCAUAUUGAGAGCUUGGGGUGCGAGUCUGGGUGUGAGUCGGGAUCGUCGUUUCGUUUGCCGGUGAGUCGUAUAUUGUCGUUUAAGAGGGUUCUGAGUAGAGAGAAGAAAGAAAGCGUCGGGGGAGGAUGCAGCUCCAUGACCGACUUAGACGUAGAACAACGACGAGAGUGUGACUCGGUGAGUUGAUGGCGGCGACAACGUGGAAUCGAAAUUAAAUGGGUCCGAAAUUCACGCUACGCCAGAGUUUCCAGAGGUGACGUGCCACAACACUGUCAAGUGUCGACGUGAUAUGUACCAGACCAUGUACAUUGUACGGUCAAAAGAUCAAAAGAGAAUGACAAAUUAAAAGAUUAUUUUAUUUUAUUUUUAAAA